UUCCGUAGUAGCAGAUGUCCGCCAUAAGUGCUUGGUACUGUAUGUAGGAAAGGAUCGUGUCAGUACGAGUCCCAGUACGGCCUCAUGCAGCAUUCUCCUUCGGAGAUCAAGGAGAAGUUACUGAGGGCACUGGAUAAGGAAUACAAUGUAAGGUUUUAAAUACUGUCGAAACACAUGAAACACCGAAAUUAAUAAAAAUUACGAAGAAACUUAGCUAAAUGCGCUGUGAAAGUGGCGUGUCUGACUCCAACUUGUGUUAGUUUUCCACUAGCUAAGGUAGAAAUACACCCAUAUCAGACAAGAAUUCCUUAACAGCAGUACCAUAAAUAUAUACAGGUUCAUUCAGAAGCGUGAUUUUGCUUAACAUAGUGGAAGAGACGUCAAAUUUCGUGUGUGGAAAUUGGGUACACGGAGCUGUAAGAGGACAGUGUCUAGCCUAGACCUCCUCCUUACGCGGCACGGCGCGUGCGCACUGGCCAGUGGAGCAUGGCCCGUAACAUGUAAACUCAAGGCAUUCACGUUGACUCAUAUUUCAUACUGACAGCAUAUUAAACUACGUUUAAUAGCCAUAAAGUGUUAUGGAGCCGUUAAAAAUAACGUGCAAAGGAUAAUGAACCUAACAGUUGCUAUAUUCAUUGUAAUGUGCGGUGUUUUGGCAUUAUGAUAAGUGAAACGUGCAAGUGAAGUAUUGUGUGUUCUCCGUUUGUGGAUAAAAACUGUGUUAAUUACGUAAAUAAAGUGAUUUUGUACAAAGUAGAUGCUCCCACAGAAGAUUCCUUUCAUGCAUCAUCCAGAUUUACUGUGACGUGCCUUGUAUCCUUCUUCCGUAUCAACGUUUAAGGGAUGUUCUCAAACUCAUGACUUCAAAAUCAUAUUUCUGUGUGUUUCUCUAAUCUCAGGUAAUUGUGAACACAAGUGUGCGAAAAGCUGUGUAAUUGAUUUGCGCCGAUGCCAGAGUGAAUUGCUUAAAAGGAAAAAAAAAAUGUUCGAAACUACUUUUGUACUGAUGCAUUUGAAUAUUGCAGAUUACUUCAGGUUAUUAAUUAUGGCGCUGUGGAAGAAGUUAUUGGACUGCUGGAAAACACUCCAGUUACAAAGGAGGUGCUUGAGACUACACGGCUGGGACGAUACAUCAAUGAACUACGAAAGAAGACAACCGACGAAAUGCUUGCAAAACGUGCCAAAGGUCUGGUUCGUCAGUGGCGUCACAUGAUCAUGCCGGAGCGACAAAGUCCUGCACAUAGAGUGAACGGUGCGAGUGUUGGUGCAAGUGCGUGUGCCAGUGCAGGAGCAAGUCCAGUACAAAGUGGACCCACACCUGGACACGGAGCUAGCCCGGGACCCCAUUCACCAGCAGGCUCUCCCGGUCGACCUCCACACCAUGCAGACUCUGUACCGAGGACCAUUGCCGCCAACAAGCGGCUCCGAAAAGAUGACUCGGACGAAGGUCAGCCUCCAGCUAAAGUCGCACGACAAGUGAAUGGCGGGCUUGAAACAGACAAUCCUAUAGAAAGUGUCCCUGCCGUUAAAGGCUCAGCGACGACUGGUAGGCGUCGCCGAGCUCACCGUUCAACUAACUGUCAUAAUGACGACAUAGUCAAAAAGAAAUUGGCUUCGGCAGCUCGAGCACUGCGUGUGAAGACUACUCAGGAACUGCUGGCCGGUCUGAGUUCUUGCACCAGCAGUGGAUCGUACACGCCUUCGAGUACGACUCCGGAGCCAAAACCGGUAUCUCCUGCAUUGCACGCUCGGGCGUCUCCGGCAAUACGGCAGCCCUCGUCUCCGGCUUUGAGGCAGCCCGUGUCUCCUGCGGUGAGGCAGCCCGUGUCUCCUGCGGUGAGGCAGCCCGUGUCUCCUGCGGUGAGGCAGCCCGUGUCUCCGGCGGUGAGGCAGCCCGUGUCUCCGGCAGUGAGGCAGCCCGUGUCUCCGGCGGUGAGGCAGCCCGUGUCUCCGGCGGUGAGGCAGCCCGUGUCUCCGGCGGUGAGGCAGCCCGUGUCUCCGGCGGUGAGGCAGCCCGUGUCUCCGGCGGUGAGGCAGCCCGUGUCUCCGGCAGUGAAGCAGCCCGUUUCUCCGGCGGUGAGGCAGCCCGUGUCUCCGGCGGGGAGGCAGCCCGUGUCUCCGGCGGUGAGGCAGCCCGUGUCUCCGGCGGUGAGGCAGCCCGUCUCUCCAGCACUGAGGCAACCUCUGUCUCCUGCAGUUGUGACCCCAGUGUCUCUGGUAGUGCGGAAGCCGGUAUCUCCUGUAGUGCGGAAACCGCUGUCACCUGUAGUGCGACCUCAUCAGCUACAAGUACAUUCUAACACCGCAGGUGUUCCACCCCAUGAACCUGUAUCUCGUACCCUGUGUACGUCACCUGCCCCAUCUGUACCAACUCCCUCCCCGACACCACCACUCAGAGACGAUGUCAGUACUGCUGUCAUCAGUAUGCCAUCUGUGAAAACUGCUAGUACGCAUUUGUCCUCGGUGAAGCGGGUACGCCAGUCUCGAAUCGAUGCGAGCUCUGUUCCCGCAGCCCAAACUGUAAAACCUCCCCCUCCUGCACCGUCGCCCACUCCCUCACCUUCACUGUCACCAGCUCGCUCAGUGUCGUCACUGCUGAACGCUGUCAGUGAUUCCACCAGAUCGGGCGAUAUCUGUGCUCAGAUUGCAGAAAUAAUGUCUAGGCUUCCUCCAAUUGAUGCCUCUGCAGUGUGUCGAGAGGAGAUCUCACCGUCUGUCCAUUGCGAUUACCAAGCAGAAGAUCUUCUCGAUGGCGAGAUAGAUGGUGUGACUGGAAAUGUGUCUCACGAUGGCAAGUUUAGAGAAUGGCACGAGUGUGUAUCGCGGACGACUGCAGCUGGAGAGUUGCUUCAUAUACUACCGUAUACAAUUAUAGACUAAGAUGAUUUGGUUGAUUUGGCUGUUAUAUUGUUGCAUGUCACGGAUACUGAGUAGUGACGUGUACGGAAUAUGAAAUAUGCGCACCUGUGACUGAUAACCGUGACUGCGCCAUUGGCUGUGGUAUGCUAGUCGUCACGCAGACUGGCAAAUGGACCGUAAUUUUGUGAAACUGCAGCCGUGAAUUGUGUAAUUAUGGUGCUGUCUGGGGUCUGAAGGAUAGAAAUACAACAGCGAUAUCAGGGAUUUGUGCAUUUGCCUAGUUAUGGUACAGUACGUGCCGUGUGCACAUGGCUUGUGAUAAUUGGCAUAAAGGACAGCCCCGUCCUGUAUUUGCAACCUCACAUUUUCCGUACGCUGGGAAGUCAAGUACCCUAUAUUUAAUUGGAUAUCGUUGCCAAAUGUAGGGUUACUGUUAAUAUUGUAUAGGCUACACUGCCCAAUGUUGAUUUGUUGUAAGCAUCAACUUAAUACAUAUUUACUAGUGAGUCCGAUUGUAACUCAGAGUUUUGUACAGUUGCCUGUGCCUUUUACUAGUUGCCUGUCAUUCACUGGAGGAAUGAUUUAGUACUUAGAUAUAUUUAUACUUCAUUUUUUAUUUAAUGAUAUGCUUCAGUUCUUCCAAGUGAAUUACUUGCAAGAAUCAAGUUUUUGGUAACAGUAUUUGAAACGUAUCAAGCCAGAAUUCAUAUAGCUACUUAAACUGCAUACAACGAGAUGAAGAAUGCUUACAUUUGUCACCUUUCAUUAUUACCAUUAACACCAGCCAGUGAUGUUAAAGAUACUUAAUUAUGUAGUUUUUAACAUUUAUUCAGUCCUCCGUUGUGGAGAAAUAAAAAACCUGUUCCAAUCAAUAAGCAACACCAACAAACCAAGUUUUUGUAAUUUGCAUGUCAAAAGGUGCCUGCCAUUCAAUUCUAAACUGAAAGAAAAGUGUUUUCCUUGCAUAAACGCAUGUGGGCUGACAAGCUUGAGUAUUUGGAACUCUUUGUUCUGUUAUGUGGCAAUUUUCUGUUGGAAGACUGUUAGUAUGUCAUGCCACAUCAUUGGUGAUAAUGGUUCAUAAUAUAAAGUUCCUGAGAUACUUUCCAGAAUUUUGUAUCACAAGUUAUCAGUGUAUUCAUUGUCGUAUAAUGAAUUCUGCUACAUUGAUUUAAAAAGAUAACUUAAAUAUCAGCUGCCCAUAAUAGCUACAGCAUGUUUCUGUUACUUUUUUUUCCCUUCUUCUUCUUUCUCGUUAGGUUAAAUGUGACCAUUGUGUUAAAGUGCCAUCAUCCCCGACUCAUUUCAGCAAAUAAACUUUCAAUUGAUGCUGUAUACUUCCAUUUUGUGCAGAAAAGUCUAUGUUUUAAAUUAAUGUCAUAAACUGUUAAUUUGUGCUAAAUUUUGAUGUAUGAAAGAAAAAAAAUCUCAGUUUUACAGUCUCAAUAUAUGGAACAGAAUUCUAGGAGGAGGGAUUCAGAAAACUUGUUCCAACUCUGUAAUGCAGACAGUCCAACAGUUACAAAAGAGUAUAAAUAUGUUGCUUAUGUUUUGUUGUUGGAAUAUUUCUAGCAGGCCAAUAAUUUUAAGCCCAUUAUGUUGUUGCAUUCGUGAGUUAGCCAAAGCUUUAAUAUUCAACCAUGAUAAUCAAAAUGGGCAAUAUAAAGCAGCUCCUGCGGUUAACGUUGUGCUGAAAAUUAUGUACUUGUUGAGCUAGCAUUACUGUUCUCAUGAUACUGUGAUAAAGAUUAUUUGUAUUUAAACUGUAUAUAGUAAAUAGAAACUUAUCAGUUUAUGUUAUGGAAUUGAUUAAAUAUUUUUCUAAUGGCAA